UGAAGACCGAGGAACAUGGCAGACAGGUCUAGAAGAAAGCGCCGGGCGGAGUUUGAAGCCGUUUCCCCCGAAUCGAACGCCAUGGAGAACUUGGAGAAGCAGCUGAUUUGUCCCAUAUGCUUGGAAAUGUUCACAAAGCCCGUGGUCAUCCUACCCUGCCAGCACAACCUGUGCAGAAAAUGUGCCAACGAUGUUUUUCAGGCGGCAAACCCCUAUCUGCCAACCAGAAGUGGCUCGCUGACGUCCGGCGGCCGUUUCCGAUGCCCGUCCUGCAGACACGAGGUGGUCCUGGACCGGCACGGGGUCUACGGCCUGCAGAGGAACCUGCUGGUUGAGAACAUCAUUGAUAUGUUCAAACAGGAGUCAGGCAGCAGCAGCAGCAGCAGGCCAGCGCAGGAGAGGAAGGAGGAGACGCCCAUGUGCGACGUUCACGAGGAUGAAAGGAUCAACAUUUACUGCGUGACCCACGGCGUGCCCACGUGUUCGAUGUGUAAGGUGUUUGGAGCCCACAAAGACUGCGAGGUGGCGGCUCUCGACAGCGUCUACCAGACAAAGAGGACCGAGCUGAGUGACGGGAUCACCAUGAUGGUUGGGAGCAACGACAGGAUCCAAGGCAUCAUUAGUCAGCUAGAGGAAGCCUGUCGCGUCAUAGAGGUCAGUGUCGUGCGCCUGCAGCGUCCGGCUGCUCGCAGCGGGCCUCAACCCGUGCCAUGCACUACCCCACCUGUAGAGACUCACAAACUAAUGCAGUGUGUCCUUGUCACUGCCACUCUAUUUGCUUUUUUCAGCAUCAGUCUGUGGGCUCCACACAAAAGGAGGGAGAGGAAAAUUGCUGUUUUCAGUGCCAUGUUGUUCUGUUCCCUCACUCCCUUCAUUCACUUUUUCUCUCUCUCUCCCUCAACAAGCACCAGAUUUCUGCUCUGCCCCUGUAGCGUUGACAAAAAAAAAAAAAAAAAAAGCAGCGUAAUCGAUGGGCAGUGGAACAGGCAGCUUUACUUUGGUUUAUGUGUCACAAUUAGGUUUAGCUGAGAGAAAGCUGGGUUG